UUUCGGAAAACGGGCAGAAGCGGCUGCCAAUGAGUCGCGCCAAAUAGCAGAGGGGGCAGGAUUAGCCCUUAAAGGUGCCGCGACCCGUUAGCAAAUCGGAGUAUGAUCUAGAUGAUGGCGGCCGGGGCGGCCCUAACCUUGACUCUGUGGCUACUACUGCCGUCAGUGGGGGUGGGAGGGGCAGGACCCCCACCGAUCCAGGACGGCGAGUUCACAUUCCUGCUGCCUGCGGGGAGGAAGCAAUGUUUCUACCAGUCUGCUCCUGCCAACGCAAGCCUCGAGACCGAGUACCAGGUGAUCGGAGGUGCUGGGCUGGAUGUGGAUUUCACGCUGGAGAGCCCUCAGGGCGUGCUGCUGGUCAGUGAGUCCCGCAAGGCAGAUGGGGUGCACACGGUAGAACCCACGGAGGCUGGGGACUACAAGCUGUGCUUUGACAACUCCUUCAGCACAAUCUCCGAGAAGUUGGUGUUCUUCGAACUCAUCUUUGACAGCCUGCAGGACGAUGAGGAGGUCGAAGGCUGGGCAGAGGUCGUGGAGCCUGAGGAGAUGCUGGAUGUUAAGAUGGAGGACAUCAAGGAGUCUAUUGAGACCAUGAGGACCCGUCUGGAGCGCAGCAUCCAGAUGCUGACACUGUUGCGAGCCUUUGAAGCACGUGAUCGCAACCUGCAAGAGGGCAAUCUGGAACGGGUCAACUUCUGGUCGGCUGUCAACGUGGCUGUGCUGCUGCUAGUGGCUGUGCUGCAGGUCUGCACACUCAAGCGCUUCUUUCAGGAUAAGCGCCCUGUGCCUACGUAGCCCCUGCCCCUGAAGGAAGAACAUGGAAAAGGAGUGACAGCAGGGUGCAUGUGUGUAAGACUUGUGUGUGGAGAGUCCCUUCACCAACUUAGUUCCUAUGGGAGAUGAGGCUGUACAUUCUGGGUGUGAGAUGUGGCCCCUGUGUGUCUUCCCUUUCAGGCCAGAACACUGGCUGGCUUGUAGGUCUAGGCCAUCCAGAAGGGUGGCUUAGUGGCUGCAUGUACUUUCCUGGAAAUUGUGCACAGGGUGGGGAGGGCACUGCAGCAUUUGGAUGCAACCCUGGGGUCCCUGGCCCCGCCUCUGUCCCUACUAUAAAUGUGCCUUAGCCUGAGCCUUUCAGCUGUACCACCACUGCCUGGUGCUGGAUGGGGCCCAGAAAGCAAGUGUCCCUUUCCCUUCCCCACUGGCCCUGUGAGUCAGCUGGAGGUGGAAGGAAGCUUGCUGCUCAUAGGACCCCAUGCCUUCCCUCCC